AUGAAGCUCGAUCAAUUCGCCAUUGCAAUUACCGCCGCCCUGCUGAUGCUCAGCUCAUCAGCUGUCGCAUCGCCUCUCGACACCUCGAAGCUCACCGUGCGGCAAGCCAAGCACGAGCAGUGUCUAGCCAACAAUGCGCAGAAUCGUGCUCAUCAGCUCAAGCAGAUGAGAGAUUCGGGUCUCAUUCCAGAAGCGCUACCCGAAUUCGAUCCAAAGACGGUCAUCACCCAGUCCUUUUCCGGCAGAUUCUACGAGACGGGAGAUGGUGUCAAUCCGCUCACUCAGACGCUCUUUGCGCCUGCCGUAUACUUUCCGCCGGCCCGCGGUGCCGAUAGAGACACGAAGUACACCCUCAUCAUCAACGACAUCGAUGCUCCCCCUCCUCUUGGCAUUCCUUCCUUCCUCCAUUGGUUCAGAAGAGGUCUUUCGGCUUCAUGCGGCCGUCCAGCUUCCCAAUCAGGAGAAGAUGUGAGAUUCUACUUUCCCGCCACGCCCCCUCCCAACCUAAGCAACCCAGCCGGUCACAGGUACACCGUCAGCGUAUUCCGCGAGCCUGCUUCCGGUUACAAUCCCUCGCAGCUCGAGUAUCUGCUCAAGUUGGUUAGCUUCGAUGUGCGCGACUUUAUCCAACGCACCGGUGCGGAGCUGGUAGCGGCAAGCUACUACACUGCCGCCAUCCCUGCCGAGGACGGCCUCCUCAGCCCUGUUCUACCCAAAUUGGGUGGUGUACUCUAA